AUGGUAAGAAUCAAGAUGAAGGCUACAGGCGGACCGUUCAUGUGGAAGAAACUAGGGCUGCCGAAACCCAUCCCCUCUGACAGUGACGAUGAAACGUGGGACACAGCUCCACCGGCCACCACCAACACCGAGACACCACCGACCACAAGUACAGCAACAGGACGCACCGACUCACCGGCCGUCCAGACAUAUCGCCGGCAAAAGAAACGGCCAAGAACGCCGCCACCACCAUCCACAAUAGCCCCGAAGGCAAACCCUGCGGGCGAAAUGCUACCUGAAGCCACCACUUCCUCCGGCCACGGCCAGAAACGGCCGAGAAUACAGUCGCCACCUCCGCCACCAAGAUCAGAACCAGAACCUACCAUUGCCAUACAUCCUGCAGGACACAAAGAAAGUGGUACGCCCACUGCCUCCACCAGCGAUAUGCCCACUGAUACGCCCACGGACCUGCCUCGUGAUACGCCCACUGAUGCGCCCAGCAAUUUGCUAAGCGCUAUGCCAAGUGAUAUGCCCACUGAUGCGCCCAGCAAUGUGCCAAACGCUAUGCCUAGUGAUGUGCCCACUGAUGUGCCCACUGAUGCGCCCACAGACUUACCAAGCGACACACUCAGUGAUAUGCCCAGCAAUUUGCCCAGCGAUUUGCCCAAGCCAGUAUACCCAGAUCACAUCGUUAAAGCCCUGACAUUCAACAAAAUUUCUGAGCGCAUCAGGCUGGUUAAAGUUUCAUCUCUACCAUAUCACCCAGGGGCAGGAAGAUUCAUCUUGGAUAUUGGGUUGCCACCCAACUAUCCAGCAUCAUACAAUAUAACAGGCCCUUGA